AGUCAUUACAGAUUUAGAACCAAAUCGACCCAGACAAAACCCACUUCCCCAGUCUCCUAAUUUAGAAAAAACUAAACACAACAACAAUUCCUUUUCCUUUUAAUCUCAUUUACAUUGAUUGAUCCGUCACACCCAACACCCAUACUAUAAAUCUGUAUCUAUAUCUGUAAUUAUUAUUUUUGAAUGAAUAAUUAAGGGAAUGAAAAGAAAGUUGAAGAAAAACAAGUGAGAAAAUGGGAAGGACAGCAGAAUUAGAUCAAAGUUAUUCAAAUAACGGCAGAAUCAGAAGCUGUUCAUAUAAAAGAACAACAGUUAUCAUAUGUUGUAUAAACAUUGUUGUCGCCCUCUAUGUUUUUCAGAAUCUAUAUACUUCCCUUUAUUCUUACUCUUACCAGCAUUCACACCCUACUGCUAUUAGCUACAGUCCGGAUCAGAUUAGAAAUAUGGAAGAAUCAAUGCGUAUACGGAAACAAUCUGAACCUAGAAAACUCAUUGAAACAGUUAAAAAGAUCAAACAAAAAGUUGAUAGAAGAGGGGACAUGGUUAAGUUGCCGCAACCAUUGAAAGAGAAAUUGACCAAUGAGAUCAUAGAACUACUGAGAGGAUUAAGUAUUGGCGCUAACACUACUUUACAGCAUGAAGCUGUUCAAAGCUGGCGAGUGCAAAAACUAAAGGAAGCCAAGAACAUUACUCAUGGAAAAUCUUCAAGUUCAACCAUGUUGCCUGCGGAAGCAGGUAUGCUUGCAAGAGCCUUGGAGUUCAAUUGGGCUGAGUUAUCACGUGAAAUUGGCCUUUGGAUACCGAUUAAUGUGAUUAAUCAUGAACAUGAUGACAAACCUGAGGGUGAAAAUGAUUUUGAUGAUACCAUUCUAGCGGGGAGGCGACUACCUCCUGAGUGUAAUACUGAACUUCAUACAGAUUAUGGUGGUCAUGCAGUCAAAUGGGGGCUCACCCAUAUGAAAGAAAGUGCAUAUGAAUGUUGUCAGGCGUGUAUAAAUCAAGCUAAGAAUGCAAGAGCAGGUGAAAUGAAAUGUAAUAUAUGGGUUUAUUGCCCUGUUGAAGGAGGAUGUCAUUCCCCAGAUAUAUACCAACACAAACUUGAAGAAUGUUGGUUAAAAUAUGCAGAAGAACCAAAAGUAAACUUCAAGGAUAGAUAUUCAGAAAACUACAGAAGAAAUCACCCGAAUGCACCUGUGGUCGUUCCCUGGGUCUCAGGUGUUAUAAGUUCGUGAACACAGUUUCAGCAACAUUUGUAGAACUAACAGAGUAAUGAAUUGUGUGCAUCCCGGAACCUAUCAUCUUCCAUCUUGAAAAGCUUGCAUCUGUAUAUGUAAUUGUAUCUGUAUUCGUAUGCAAUGCAGUUUUGGUCAUCUUACAUUUCUUUAUUUGGGCGUUUUGAACUAAUUGUAGUUGUGGAUUGCGUCAGUGCUUUUGAAAUGAAUAGGAGCCGAUAGAAAAAGUUAUGAGAGCUGAGUCAAUGCGAAGAAGCAUUGUUCUCCGAGUGUAAUUUGAAACUUUUUAUAGAUUGAGAAUGGUGAUUUGAGGUGUUUGUGAUUAAA